AUGCCGUCGCGCGCGGUAUCUCCGACGCCGUCCGAAAACGAAGUUGAUAUUCUAGGAUCGCUGCUCACAGACAACACCGGCGCAUCGAGUAGGACGAACAAAAAGAAUGACACACAGAACUAUUUAGACCUUGAUUUCCUGGACGGCGGCGGCGAUGAAGAAGAAGAUGAUGGCGACGCGGCCUUUAUUGCCCUUAAACAAGCUGCUUCUUUUAGAAAAACCAGUAAUGUUCAAGGAAAAUCUGUUAAGAAGGGUGGUGGUUUUCAGGCCAUGGGUCUCAAUGCCAACUUACUAAGAGCCAUCACGCGAAAAGGGUUCUCGGUUCCUACCCCUGUUCAGAGGAAAGCUAUACCAUUAAUUAUGCAGAGGAAGGACGUCGUUGGUAUGGCAAGAACAGGUUCCGGUAAAACAGCAGCAUUCGUUAUUCCUAUGAUAGAACGUUUGAGAGCACAUAGUGCUACGGUUGGUGCAAGAGCAUUGAUCCUCUCGCCGUCUCGAGAACUAGCCAUCCAGACUCUAAAGGUUGUCAAGGAAUUCAGUCGCGGAACGACCCUCAAAUGCGUACUUCUUGUUGGUGGUGAUAGUUUGGAAGAGCAGUUCAGCUCUAUGACAACAAAUCCCGAUAUCGUCAUCUGUACCCCCGGCCGAUUCCUACAUCUCAAGGUCGAAAUGUCUCUCGAUUUAUCCUCAAUCCAGUAUGUCGUUUUCGACGAGGCAGACAGGUUGUUCGAAAUGGGUUUCGCUGCGCAAUUAACAGAGAUCUUACACGCCCUGCCCGCCUCAAGGCAGACCUUACUCUUCUCAGCCACCUUACCGGCUUCAUUGGUCGAGUUUGCUCGUGCAGGUUUACAAGAUCCAAGUCUAGUCCGCUUAGAUGCCGAGACAAAGAUAUCUCCAGAUCUUCAAUCAGCAUUUUUUAGCGUGAAGGGUGCCGAGAAAGAAGGUACCCUUCUCCAUAUCCUAAAUGAUAUUAUCAAAAUGCCCACGGGAUUACCAGAGGGCGUUCAGGCAGAGUCUGAUAGACAUGCAAACAAGAGAAAGCGAGGAUCAGAUGCGCCAAGAGUAAGAGAGAAACCAACAGAGCACUCGACUAUUAUAUUCGCUGCUACAAAACAUCACGUCGAGUAUCUACAAUCUCUACUGGGCGAAUCAGGGUUCGCAGUAUCAUACGUAUACGGAUCCCUAGACCAGACGGCCAGAAAGGAGCAAGUCGAAAACUUCAGGCGUGGCCGUUCCAACAUUUUGGUAGUAACAGACGUGGCUGCGAGAGGUAUCGAUAUUCCUAUUCUUGCCAAUGUGAUCAACUACGAUUUCCCUCCUCAACCCAAAAUCUUCGUCCACCGAGUUGGUCGUACGGCGAGAGCGGGGCAGAGAGGUUGGAGUUAUAGUCUCGUGAGAGACAUGGAUGCUCCGUAUCUACUAGAUUUGCAGCUGUUUCUGGGCAAGAAACUUGUCCUUGGUAAAGAAGGCAAGGAUGCUACAAACUUUUCAGAAGACAUUACAGUUGGAGCCCCGGUUCGAAGCAAGGUAGAAACCAACGUGGAAUGGCUUAACAAAGUCUUAGGGGAGAGUGAAGAUAUCAGCGGUCUGCGUAGAGUAUCGGAGAAAGCUGAGAAGCUUUAUUUAAGGACACGUAAUUCGGCUUCUAGCCAAAGUGCCCGACGAGCAAAAGAAAUUAUUAAGUCGAAAGGCUGGGUGCAACUUCACCCUAUCUUUGGCGACGAAUUAGGAGCGGCUGAGGAUGCUCGUGCAGAAAUGCUCGCGAAGAUCAGCGGCUUCAAGCCACAUGAGACGAUCUUUGAGGUUAGCAGAUCAUCUAAGCCAGGAAAAAACGAUGCGGCCGACGUUAUGAAGGGCAUUCGCGAGCGCUUCGGUCCUCGUAAAUCCGGUAAAGAUGAAGAUAACGAAGAGGCGAACGAGACCGAAGAAAUGGAUGGUAUAGAUAGAUUCGACGAUGAAGACGAGGAAAUGGCAGAUGCCCAGGAAGACGCCGUAGAAUCCGACGCUGAACCCGCCAACAUCGAGGACGAAGACUCCGACUCCGACCUCGAAGUCACCAUAUCCAACCACAACAAAUCCUCCUCCAAAGACCCAACCUCCUCCUUCCAAGACUCCGACAUCUUCAUGUCUUACACCCCACGCACCAUCAAUGCCGCCGAAGAGCGCGGCUACGGCGUCCACUCGGGCUCCAACUCGCAAUCCGCCGCCGCCAGCAGCACCGCUAACUUCGUCGCUGCAGCCCGCAACCUAACCAUGGACUUGACCAACGACGAGGGCGCCAAGAGCUUCGGCGCCCCGACUCGCGCCCGCAUGCGCUGGGACAAGAAAGCCUCCAAGUACGUCGCCCGGGACAACGACGACGACGGCUCGCGCGCCCAGUCCGCCGGCGGCGGCAAGCGAUUAGUCCGCGGCGAGAGCGGUGUCAAGAUCGCUGCUAGUUUCCAAAGCGGCCGCUUUGAUAAGUGGCGACGCGCUCAGCGCCUCGGUCGUCUACCCCGUGUCGGCGAGGCCGAGAAGAAACUCCCGCGCUUAGGUGCGCCUGGUACGGGAGAGGAAAAUGGUGGGCGGUACAGACAUAAGCAGGAGAAGGCUCCCAAGGAAGCUGACAAGUACCGUGACGACUACCACGUGCGCAAGAAGCGCGUGGCCGAUGCACGCGAGAACCGUGUUGGUCGUUUCAAGGAUGGUAUGGGUAGUAAGAAGGAGAUCAAGAGCUCGGAAGACAUUCGCAAGGCGCGUGUGGUCAAGGAGCAGAAGAAGGCGAAAAAUGCUAGGCCGUCGAGGAAGUAA